AUGAAGGUAUUUAUAUAAUAUAUAAUAAUAGUAAUAGUACAUUCAGCACUUACUAUGAUAUAGCACUUGGAGAGGUACCACAAAACGGAACAUGAAGAUGUAGUACAAUACCAGCAACAGCAGAAAGCCAGAAAGCAGCAAACACAAACUGCAGCACAGCAACAGCCAACACUACAUGAAGUCAUCAAUAAAACUCAAACCUACAGUAAAACCUCACGUCAUCGUAUGAUCCUGGAUGACGCACUGGUAAAUAUGAUCGUCACUGAUUUGCAACCAGCAUCCAUUGUGGAGGAUGACGGCUUCCUGAAGUUUUUGAAGGUGCUUGACCCUAAGUAUAUCCCUCCAAGUAGGCGCACCAUCAUGAGGGACCGCUUGCCCCGCCUCUAUGCUAAAAAGGAACAGGAAGUAAGGGGUAUACUAGACCAAAGCAAGUGGUGUACUAUCACAACAGACCUUUGGACGUCUCGUGCACCAUGGGGUACAUGAUGGUCACCUGCCACUUGGUUGAUGAGGGUUGGCAAAUGCGAUCCUUUGUCUUGGAAACCAGUCACAUAGAUGAGGCACACACAAUCGUAAAUUUGGCUGCAGCUCUCAGAGUGGUUACUGAGAAGUGGAAUAUCACCAAAAAAGUGCACUGUGCCAUUACUGAUGCUGCUUCAAACAUUACUGGAGCCAUUCGCUCAAACAGGUGGAAUAGCCUAGUCUGCUUCGCCCACAGGCUCAACCUUGUCGUCACUUGUGCCAUUAAUGAUGUUGAAGAGCUGCAAGCCAUUGUGGAUGGUAAAAAGAGAAUUGUCACCUAUUUUCAUAAGAGUUCAAAGGCCACAGACAAGUUAACCGCAAUCCAGGACAGGCUCGGUUUACCUAAUCACCGGUUAAUCCAACAUGUCGACACACGGUGGAAUUCUGUCUUUUAUAUGAUGGAGCGGUACUUACUACAACAAGAAGCUGUUCGGACCACCUUGUGUAUGCUCGAUAAAGCCAGCCUAGUCUUGCCAGUUGAGCAGAACUGCUCUAUUGAAGCAGUUCUUGAGAUCCUCAAACCUUUUGAGGCUGUCACAACGGAAGUAUCAGCGGAGAAGUACGUGUCGGCAUCCAAGGUCAUCCCUCUUGCUCGGGGCCUUCAGAAGCUAGUAGCAACCCACCAGUUAUCCACCACUGAUACCAUUGCUCAAUUACUAGCUGAGAAACUAAUAGCACAAAUGUCCAAUAGGUUUGUAGGAUUGGAAGAUAAAUCUGUUUUAGCUGUUGCUACACUACUCGAUCCUCGCUUCAAAAAGGUUCCUUUUUCAAGAAAUCAUACUUCUUGCUUCGAGAGAAUGAAAAGGCUGAUGAUAGACGAUGCAACGUCGCUGGUGGAAUCAACAGCUCCGGUGGAAGAGGAGACUCCACAGCAGUCAACAUCCGCAUCAACACCCGCAACAUCCAACCCUGUUUGGGACAUGUUUGACGAAGAAGCAGAGAGCUCCACUUCUAUGAGAACUACAGAAAUAUCAAUCAACACUGAAAUCGAUCAAUAUUUUAAACAACCAGUGAUCAGUAGGCAAUCCAAUCCACUGGAGUGGUGGCAUAGCAACAUGCACGUCUACCCAGCACUACACAAAGUAGCCAAAGUGUACCUUUCAACGGUAGCCACCUCAGUACCUUCAGAAAGGCUUUUUAGCAAAGCUGGGGAGUUGAUAUCGAGCAAAAGAAGUCGUCUGAAGGAAGAGAACGUUAAUGCUUUCCUCUUUCUUAACAAUAACAACAGCUAACUGACUCAUGCAUCAUCCAUUCCAAAAACGAUUAAAACAUUAUGAAUGGUUAUUAAUAAUCAUUAAUUAA